AUGUGGAUUCUGGAGAAUCCCGAGGCCUUUAAAGGCCGAAGGCUGUGGUUGAGACCGGGAAAGACCUACUUGUUUGGCCGAACGGCGGCAGAGCCUGGCCAAUUAGCCAUAUCCCACAACACCAUCUCGCGAAAGCAUUUGACCCUCACCGUCAGCCCAGUCGAAGAUGGCCAAGCCCACAAUCCCACCAGCCGAUCGACGCUCACCAUCGAGGACCUGGCGACCAAGAUAGGAACAGUCGUCGAUGGAGAAAAGAUCAAGGGCAAGAAAAAGGUGGUGCAGGGGGCGACGGCCGAGUUCACCAUGGGCAAAUGUCCUCACAAGUUUCGCCUCUUGUGGGAGCCAGUUGUUUUCGCCUUUUCUUUUACUAGCAAAGAACUGCAGACGGAUCCUUUGACGACACUUCGCGACAGGUUCGAGCAGCUUGAUAUCAAGCUCGUGACGGAAUACGCCCAAUCCACUACACAUGUCGUUUCGAAAAAGCGGAAUACUGCCAAAGGACUUCAGGCACUAAUCAAUGGCAAAUACAUCGUGACUGAGUCAUUCCUGGAUGCUGUUUCCGAGGCUGGGAGUCCGGCAGAGGGCGCAGAGAUUACCGAUCUCAGCCCUCUGGAACAGGACUUCAACCAGAAUUGGCCUGAUGCACUACAACACCUGCCCCCAAGAGGUGGAGAGCCUGUGCAGCACCCGGACUCGACCUAUGCUCCUGAUCCCGAGAGAAAGGACAUUUUUGAAGGAUACACUUUCAUCUUCUAUGACAAGUCACAAUACAACAACCUACUUGCGCCAAUCACAAACGGAGGCGGUAAGGCAUUGCUGGGCAAUGUCGUACCAGAGGAGACUGAAGUGGACGAAUUCGUUCGAUAUGUCAAGAGUGUCGCUGGAGAGAAAGGCCUCGGUGCUUUUAAUGACGGCAGCGAGGGCAAAGGAGUAGUAGUUGUCCGAUUUGUGCCUUCAAAGGGGUCUUUGGUCAACUGGUACGCCGAUUUCUUCACGUCUGUAUCCCUGAGACUGGAUCAUCGUCCUAUUGAGCAAAGCGAAUUCUUGGAAGCCAUUCUCAUCAAGGACGCGAGUAUCCUCCGUCGGCCACUCGAAGUUGAGUCUGCGCAAAAUACCCAGGAGCCUCAGCACGCUCAUAAUGCGCCCCAACCCGAGCCGUCAGGGAGCUCACAGCCUGCAAAUACACAGGCUCCAACGUCACAAUCAGCCGAGGAGUCACAACCCGCCCCCAGAAGAGGAAGGACUAGAAGGACCGUCAAGAGGCGCUUCGCAGGCUUUGACGAUGACGCGGAUAUUGACAUGGAUGACACCCCUUCGACGACUUCGGCGCCGACAACAAAUCAACCUUCGGUGCAACAACCGGUGCAGCCAUCGACGGAAGAGGAGGGUGGAUUGUUUGUCUCUCAAGAGCCGGAUGACCUUCCUCCUCCUCCAGCAGAGGUGCCAAGCAAUACCCGAAGGUCACAGAGGAAGAGACGCGGUUCUCCUCUGCCAGAAGACCAUCUCAUGGACGGCAUGACUACCGCGGCAGAGAAGUUCAAGCGCCAGCGAAUAGAGCGAGGCGAAGACUUGAGUGUUCGGGCGAAAGAGGCGGAGCCUGAACCCGAACAUCCUGCCCCGACGCCCAAGAAGAAGAUCAAGAAGGAGUUUGAUAUUCUGGCAAUGGCAGCGCAGAACAAAGAAAAGGAGGAGGCUCGUGCUCGAGCUGAGAAGGAAGACCUGGCUAAUCUUCCUGAUGAUGUUGACCUUGCGGAGAUCCGUCGACUCAACAUCGUGGAAGAAAUCGAGGUGCGCAAGCCCAGUCAGGCUAGAACUCGGGAGCAAGACAUCCGCGAUGGCCGAUGGGAUCCGAAAUGGAACGGCAUGAAGAACUUUAAAAAGUUCAGACAACGCGGAGAAGCGACGGGUCGUCAAGCAGCGAGGGUCAUUGUGCCUCUUGUGGAGGUCAAGACCAAGGAGUUUGGCGUAGGCGACGAUUACUGGUUGGAGGACGAGGAGAAUGAUAGGAGGAAGCGGCAUGUCAGCCAGCCUUCAGGGGCAGAGUCCCAACCUUCAGAACCAGCACCGGCGCGGUCUGUGCAGAGACGACAUGUCGGUGUCGUUUCGGACAGCAGCGAUGAGGAGGACCAGGUCUCUCAGAAAUCAUCGAUACCCGCUACACGAACUCGCGGCACCCGAGGUACGGCGUCGCAGUCCCAGAGCAACACGAGGAGCCAGUCGUCCCGAGUCACAAGCCAGGGGAGCAAACGGGCCGCGGCAGAGCCGCCAGCAGGGGGACAGCAGCCUCCCAAGCGAGCGCGGCCAACUCGCAGUAGGGUUGUCGAGAUUGCCGAUAGUGACGACAGCGACGAUGAGCUCAAGUUCAGGUUCGGAAAGAGGCGGUAA